ACGACGACGACGACGACAAGAAGAAGAAAAAUAAAUCAGUAUGUAUCAUCAUCAAAUUAAUUAAAACAAAGAAUUAAGAAUCUUUUCGAUUCUUUGUUCUUGUUCUUGUUUAACAACAAUUACAUUACAUGAUUUCCAAUUUGCUUUCAUAAACAUUCUGAAUGUAGGAGAGAAAAAAAAACAACAAUUUCGAUUCCGUGCUAUUUAUCAUCAUCAUUAUCAUCAUUCAAAAUCAUCAACGAAUAUAGAGAAUACAAUGAUUGUGAAAAGAAAUUAUCAUUUCAAUACAAAAGCCUAUCAUAAUCAUCAUCAUCAUCAUCAUGGCCAUUGUUAUGAUGAUGAUGAUGAUGAGAAUCAACGAUCACGAUCAACACAAGUGUCAUCCAUCAUUAAAUCAUCAACAUUUACAUAUAGUAGUACCACCUGCUAUACAAUUCUUUAUUUGUUCCUGAUAUUCUAUUCUGACCUCUGUAUUGCAACUAAAUCAUCAUUAAACGAUAAUGGCUUCACAUCAUCCUUAUCAAAAUCUAAACAUGGGACAUUAUCAUCAUCAUCAUCAUCACCACCACCACUAUCGUCUGACCAUCAAUUUCAUCAUAAAAUGAAUAAUCGAAGAGAAUUUGUGCCUCUCGCUGAGAUUAAAUCUGGACAAUAUGAUGAUCGACAAGUGAAAUGUCUUUAUUAUAAUCGUACAUUAUGUCAACAAACUGGUAAUAAAGGUUGCGGUGAAUCGGUUCAGAUUUGCCCUUCGAUUGAUAAUUCGGAUCAUAAUACUGGUGAUGCAUAUUGUUAUGCAUUAUGGCGGAAUUCCACCGAUGAAGGUGUACAAUUAGUGUUCAAAGGUUGUUGGUUUGGUGCAAGUAAAAGCUGCUCAAAUGAUGAAAUCUAUGGCCAAUCAUCAUCGUCAUCAACAUUCAUGCCGAAUCAGCAACACCAUAAGGCGCCUUGUGUUCCGACACAUCCACCCAAACAAAAGGAUCUAAACUUUUGCUGCUGUAAAGGCAUUCUUUGUAAUGAAGAAGUGAAACAGAUGCCCGAAUUGUUGUUAUAUUCAACACCGCCACCCGAAGAACCUGGCGUUAUAACAACGACAAAGGAAUCACAUGAUUAUCGAUUAUCGGACAUUAUUUUCUAUGUUCUGUUAAUCAUGGCUAUAAUAUUCUUGGCUAGUGUAGCAAGUAUGAUUGUUUAUUUCUUCGGAAAAUGUCCACGUAAACCACAUACGGACGAUGUUCCUACACAUGAACCGCUUUUAAUUGAUGGCACUAAUCUUCCGACCAUCGGAUAUAAUGCUCAUCCAAUUACUCUUAAAGAAGCAUUAGCUAAUGGCAAAUUCGGCACUGUAUAUCAGGCUGUUGACGGUCACAACCGACAGGUUGCUGUGAAAGUGUUUUCCAUGCAGGAUCGUUCAUCAUGGCAGAUUGAGAAAGAUGUUUAUAGUCUACCACAGAUGGAACAUGAUAAUAUUCUUAAAUAUCUGGGCGCUGAACGAAAAGGUGAAGGUCUUGGUUUGGAAUUUUGGAUCAUCACUGAAUAUCAUCCGAAUGGAUCGCUACAUGAAUAUCUGAAAUCACAUACAGUCACAUGGAAUAACUUGCUUAAAAUUAUUCAAGGAAUCGGUCUAGGUUUGGCACAUCUACAUGAAGAGAUUCCAGCAAGAGAAAAUAAAGAUGCUAAACCCUCGGUAGCUCAUCGAGAUUUUAAAUCGAAAAAUGUGCUUUUAGGAAAUAAUUUCCGAGCUUGCAUAGCCGAUUUUGGCCUAGCACUUGUUUUCUAUCCAAACACCACUUGUGGUGAUGCUCAUGGACAAGUUGGAACUAGACGCUAUAUGGCACCUGAAGUACUCGAAGGAGCAAUUAAUUUUACACGAGAUUCGUUUCUUAAAAUUGACAUGUAUGCUUGUGGUUUAGUCCUUUGGGAAUUGGUAUCCCGUUGUAGUUACAAUGAAAUACCAUGCGAUGAAUAUAGUUUGCCAUUCGAGAAUGAAGUUGGUCCAAAUCCAACUAUUGAAGAUAUGCAAGAUAUUGUGGCGCAGCAGAAAAAACGGCCACACAUAAAAGAUUCGUGGUUGAAACAUCCAGGCAUGGCAUUAAUUGUCAGCACAAUGCAAGAUUGUUGGGAUCAAGAAGCCGAAGCACGAAUAUCGGCCGAAACUAUUUGUGAACGUAUCAAUUCAUUAAAACUUAAUAAUGAUUCGACUUUUAAUCAGGCGAAUAUAUCAUCGUCAAAUAAUCAUCGUACAGCAAUGGCAACAACAACAACAACAACACCGAUAAUGGCAACAACAAACAAUAACAAUCUUAACAACAAUCAUCAUGUUAAUAAUAAUCAAAAGAAUCUCAAUACAACCUUUUUGCCUAAUAUUCAUCUACAUCAUCAUCAUCUGAAUCAUAAUGGUGGUGGUUCACCAAUGAGGAUAAUGAUCGCAUCACAUAAUAAUAAUAUCAAUAAUAACCAAACAUCAGCUAAUGGCGUAGCUUAUAUGUAUCGUGAAACAGGCACAUGAUGGAUCUAUCGAAUGAUGUAAAUUUUAAAUA